AUGACACGCAACAUCCUCAUCGCACUUCUUCGCAACGACCUCCGUCUCCACGACCAUCCCAUCUUCCACCUCUGCUCCGAGCCAUCCCCUUCCAACGCAUCCUUCAAGCAACCCGUCACCCACGUCCUCCCUGUCUACGUCUGGGAUCAACGGCAUGUCGAAGUCUCCGGUUUCGCCAACCUCGAAAAGGCCGGUAAGCGAAGUGGGGGUAAAGGGUCGUCGCAGUUUGCAAAGACGCGCGAGCUCGGGAUUUGGAGGACGGGCGUCCAUCGCACCAAGUUCAUCAACGAGAGCGUGUUCGACCUGCGAGAUCGACUCCGGUCGGUGGGGAGCGACUUGGCCAUGUUUGCCGGUACACCCGAGAGCGUGGUUCCUUCGCUGGUGAACGAGAUACGCGAUAAGGGCGAUACCGUCGAGGCGGUGUAUCUUGGAAGGGAGAUUAAUACCGAGGAGGUCAAUGUACAGAAGAGGCUGGAGCGCAUCUUGCAGGAUUUGCAGUGUCCUAUCAAGAUGUUCGAGGGUAAGUCCUUGAUCCACUCGCGCGAUCUUGGCUUCCCCGUCAGCAAGCUUCCGGACGUCUUUACGCAUUUCCGCAAACAGGUCGAAGGCGAUGACAUGUUCCGACCUCCCCUUCCAGCUCCGGAGAAGCUCAAGCCCUUCGCACAGGUCUCGGUACAAGAUUCAGCAGGAGUCUACUCUUUGUCCGACAAGAAGGAUCAAGGUUUGGACAAGAAGGAAACCGUCGAGAAGCAUCUGUUGAAGCCGCUUCUCGAAGAACCGGUUCUAGGUCACGACGAACUUCUCAGCAAAGUCUUCUCUUCCACCAGCGAGAUCGACGUACCCCACUCCGCCUUCCCCUACCGCGGAGGAGAGACCGAAGCCCUCCGUCGACUCGAUCACUACUUCUCCGGCGGCAAAUCCUCCCCUGGAGCAAGCUACAAAGAAACGCGAAACCAGAUGCUCGGGGCAGAUUACUCGACCAAAUUCGCCGCCGCCCUCGCCCACGGUCUCCUCUCGCCCCGUCUGAUCGCUCAAAAAGCUACCCAGCUCGACGCUGCCACCGGAAACUCCAACAACAAGGGAGGAGGAUACUGGAUCCUCUUCGAACUUCUCUGGCGGGACUACUUCUACUUUGUCGGUUGGAAGUUCGGCUCUCACCUCUUCACCCUCGGAGGGAUCGAAGAAGAGCUUUCUCCCAAAUCCGCCUCGUCCAAGGCGUACGAGUGGAAGUCGACAUCCUCGCUCACGGACCGCAAAGACCCCUUCGUCCGGUGGUCGACCGCCAAAACCGGUGUACCGAUGAUCGACGCCAACAUGGUCGAACUCGUCCAGACCGGCUUCAUGUCCAACCGAGGUCGUCAGAACGUCGCCUCGUUUUUGACCAAAGAUCUCGGGUGGAACUGGCGUCACGGAGCCGAGUUUUUCGAGAGCUGGCUCGUCGACUACGAUCCCAACUCCAACUGGGGCAACUGGCAGUACGUCGCAGGUGUCGGCAACGAUCCUCGCAGCUCGCGACAGUUCAACCCGAUCAAACAGGGCAAGGACUACGAUGCGCAGGGAGAGUACGUCGCCACCUGGCUGCCCGUGUUGCGGGACGUCGAUGAAAAGUACAGACACCACCCCUGGACGACAAGCGGUGCAGGGUGGGAGCACAGCGCAGAGAACCACAAAACCACAUUGCAACACCAUCCGUUUCCCAUCGUGCGUGAUCGUGCUUAUCGUCUUCAACGACACCCUCUCCACUGGUGGAAAGAGUCGGUGCUGCUGUACAGAACAUCAGCCUCUGCAGCCUCGUCGUCGAACAACGCUGCGCCAGCAGAACCUCCGACUCGCUGCUCGCUGAUCCCGCACGCCAGAGCGAAUGCGCACCGACGCAGCCCACCCACUCCCGGUCACCGCGGUGUACCUCUUCGGACCUCCUUCUCAAACUGCCAAGCAGUGCUGCCGCUCAACUGCAGCAACCGCAAGCGGUUCGUUCACAUCUCCUCGUACAGGUUCACUGCCACAAAGCAAGUCGCGCAGCUGUACGUCGGAUACAGUACCCCGGAUGCUCAUCACUGA